CAUGUCCGCGGCGCAGGUGUCGGAGCGGCGGGGCUGGGGGGCGGCCCAGGAGCCCCGGCAGCCCGAGCCCGGCUCGCCCAGCGGGGAGGAGGCGGCGGACGAGGGCGGCCGGAGCAGGGAAGCUCCGGCGCCCAAGGAGAACGCGUGGACGCGGCGUAGAGCCCGGCGGGACAGCCCUUCCCCGCCCGCGGGGCCGGACGGGCGGCUCGCAGCGCAGGAACCAGAACUACAAAAUUCCACUAAAGUGAUAAAAGCGGGAAAACCCAGGACAAGAAAAAGCAGCAAGGCUGAUGAUUUGGGCGAUAUCACAAGCUGGCCGACCCCGAGCGAAAUAGCAAACAAUGAAUGUAAGUCUGGAAGUCAUAGUAAGAAGCCAACAAAUAAAAGAGAAAAGGAAGAGAAAUCUGAUCAAAAAAGCAAUAAUGGAAUCAAGGACAAUCCUGAGGCAAAGCCAGAUGGUCCAGCAGAUAACACUAGUGAAGAUGAAGCUCAAACUAAUAACCAAAGGAAAAAAGGUAACAAGCAGAAAUGGGUGCCGCUGCACUUGGACGAUGUGAGGUCAGACAGCCAAGACAGAGCAGGCUCUCGAACGAGCUCCAGAUUUGUGCUGGAAUCAAACAAGUUAAUACCUCAUAACAACAGGAGGAAUGAGGCAAGAAGUUGGCGGCGUGACAGAGACAAGAGGGAGGACCAUGACGAGGUGUGCAGUGUGAGGAGCGAGGGCGGCAGCAUCCGAGGCUUCUCCAGAGGCAGAGGAAGGGGCAGGAGCAGAGGAAGAGGACGAGGCAGAGGAAACCCCAGCAUGAACUUUGACUAUUCAGUUGGUUAUCAAGAGCUGUAUGGUGAAGGAAUUGACCAAGUGUUUCAGCCUGAGCUCAACCCUGGUGUGAUUUAUUACUAUGGUGACGGAACAGGAGUGCAGAUGUAUUCUGUGGAUGAAGCACUUCUCAAGGAAUAUAUCAAACACCAAAUUGAGUAUUAUUUCAGCACAGAAAAUUUGGAGAGAGAUUUCUUCCUGAGGAGGAAGAUGGACCAACAAGGAUUUCUGCCUGUGUCACUGAUCGCCAGUUUCCGUCGGAUGCAAGCUCUGACCACCAAUGCUGCACUCAUUUUGGAGGCUCUGAAGGACAGUACAGAAGUUGAAACUGUGGAUCAGAAACUAAGAAAAAGGGUUGAUCCAGAAAAGUGGCCAAUUCCAGGUCCUCCUCCAUGCAACCUGCCUCCAACUGACUUUUCGCAGCUCAUCAAUUGUCCAGAAUUCAUACCAGGCCAAACUUUUGGCUCUCAUACUGAGUCUGCACCAAGUUCUCCAAGAGUGGGGAGCCCUCUGAGUCCGAAGGAAAAUGCUGAAUCAAGUAAUUUUCAGACAAUGUCUAAAGGACUGUCUACAAGUUUGCCUGAUUUGGACUCUGAACCUUGGAUAGAAGUGAAGAAGAGGCAUCGUGCAUCCACUGUCAAGCUAAAGGAGACUGUUCCUGUACCUGAUCAAACACCAGAUCAACAGCAGCCACCCCCACCUCAGGAGGAACAAGAACAGGAAGAACUUGAAUUUUUGUUUGAUGAAGAGAUGGAACAAAAUCAGUGUCAGAAAAAUAAAUUUACUGAUUGGUCAGAUAGUGAUUCUGAUUAUGAAAUUGAUGAUCAGGAUGUAAACAAGAUUUUAAUUGUAACACAGACACCACCAUUUGUGAAAAAACAUCCUUGUGGAGACCGCGCUGGCAACCGUGUGUGCCAUGCAAAAAUUACAUCAGAACUUGCUAAAGUCAUUAAUGAUGGCUUGUACUACUAUGAACAGGAUUUGUGGAUGGAUCAGAGUGAAAAUGAUGCCCUGAUGAAGCAAGAGAUUGAGAACUUUAAGAAGCUGAACCUCAUUAAUAAGGACGAAUUUGUUAGUCUUGCACCAGAAACUGCUGAUCCAACCCAAGAAGUUCCUCCAAGACCUCCAGGGUUACAGAAAGCAGAGGAGCUGGCCUGUAAUUUCGUAAGUGAUGAAGCACUUCCCACAGCAGGAAUGGCUCGAUCACUGCCAACAGCAGUCCCAGAUUCCCCCUGUUUCCACCCUGGCUUCAUCCCACGAACACCUCGCACCCCAAGGCUCCAGGAUCCCAGUAAAACACCCAGGUUCUACCCUGUUGUUAAAGAAGCAAGAUCUUUUGAUGUAAAGGCUCCAAGGAAAAGAAAAACUCGCCACAGUACAAAUCCUCCCUUGGAAUGCCAUGUUGGUUGGGUGAUGGAUUCCAGAGACCACAGGCCAAGAACUUCCUCUGUGAGCAGUUCCAAUGCCUCACCUUCAGAAGGAGCUCCACUGGCAGGUUAUGGCUGUACUCCAAAUUCUCUUCCCAAAUUCCAGCACCCAUCUCAUGAACUGUUAAAGGAAAAUGGCUUUACUCAGCAGGUGUACCACAAAUACCGGCGGAGGUGUUUAACAGAGAGGAAACGGUUGGGAAUUGGCCAGUCCCAAGAAAUGAACACACUUUUUCGUUUCUGGUCCUUUUUUCUGAGAGAUCACUUCAACAAGAAAAUGUAUGAAGAAUUCAAACAGCUUGCUCUAGAGGAUGCAAAAGAACACUACAGGUACGGCUUGGAAUGCUUGUUCAGAUUUUACAGCUAUGGCCUGGAAAAGAAAUUCAGGAAAGAAAUAUUCGAGGAUUUCCAACAAGAAACAAAGAGGGACUAUGAAGCUGGUCAGCUGUAUGGACUGGAAAAAUUUUGGGCUUACCUAAAAUACUCUCAGCACAAGACUCCAGCUGUUGACCCCAAACUGCAAGAAUACCUGAGUAAAUUUAAGAGGCUAGAGGACUUCAGGGUGGAUCCUCCUCUUGGUGAAGAAUCUGGCAGGAGGAGAGCAGGUGAGGAUUCAGGACACCACAGGCAUCAGCCCAACUCUUCUAAAACCCUUCCCACCACCAAACCUGCUGCCUGUCAGUCCAGGGCACUGGGAAGUGUUUCCUCUGGGAAUACUGUACAAGCCACAAAAUCUAUAGAAAGUGAUGUACCAGAAAAAUAAGACUUUGGAUGAGCUUGUGCCCUCGAGAAUCAACUUUGGCAUCACUCCCCUAAUGUGGAGAUCUUCAAGGCGAGGCAGUCUCUGCUGCGUGAUUAAAAAUGUCUGGGAAGACAAAGGAUGGGAUGCUCUUUUUUACAGGAUAUAGUUCCAAAACACUUGCCCUAGGAGAGUUGCUCUUGGUUAUGGGAUCAUUGGAAGGAUGCUAGGGAAGAUUGUUUGGCUUCAGUAUUGCUUUCCUCAAGCUUUUGUUUACAAAGAACUGCAUUCCUUGCAUAUGCAAAAAAAUACUUCGAGGGAUGCCUUACAUUUCAGCUCAGAUUUCU